AUGUUUCGCAGCGCUACACCCUCCGUGCAUGCCACCUCCACCAACCUCAGAGCGUUCCUUCAGGCCCCCUCAGCCGGCGCGCACCUGUUCACAACCACCGCAAAACCCAGCAGUACGAAACCUAAACGCCGUCCGGUACUAGAUGCGGCGGAACCUUCGUCGCGCAAGACAUUCUCUCCCAGCAUCUACGAGGAUGUCAGACCGAAGUCUCCAGAGACACGGGGCCACCGGUUGACUUUGACCAAGCGCGCGCGCACGGCUGCGGAGCAGCCACAAUUGAAUGCCUAUACGUUGUCGCUUCGGCUCGAGCGGAUGGUCGCGGCAGGGCAGCUGGAUGGCGCUAUCGAGCACCUACAAGAUAUGCCUCUCGAUGCACAGAAUGUACCGGUUUGGAAUACGCUUAUACGCCUAUCGUUGUGCGCGGAACGGUAUCAGCUAGGAUUCCGGCUUUACAACGACAUGAAACGCCGUGGUUUCGUGCCCAAUCUCAGGACGUACACCACAAUGCUCGGCCACUUCACGACUGUCAAGGACUGGGAUGCUCGUACCAAAUUGCUACACCAAGUCAACAGGCUCCACGACAACUACCUGGAGUAUGCUACCAAGAUCAAGAAGGAUGACCCCAAAAGCUCAGAGCUCAGCACUGCACCCACGAGGGGGUAUCUCCGCAUUCUGAGCUCGGCCGGACAGUACCAGCAGUUGUUCGAUGUCUUCAAUGCCAUGGACGAAGAGGGACCACUGGCACCUGACCUAACAGUGCACGGUGCUAUGUUGCGGGCGGUCUGCACGCGGUCACCUACCAGUACAUCUACUCCCGACGCUGCUCGAGCGGAGAACGCAGCCCGGGCGAAGCUUGUCUGGCGGCAGCUACUCAAGUAUGUGGAGAGGACCCCGUCUGCACGAGUGGACAGCUAUCACAUCAGAGAGAUGCUCUUUGCCCUAUCCCAUGGCAGUCCCUCUGACCAAAUCUUCGCCUUCGACCUCGUACGCGAUUACCUGGGCCUCGCCAAACCUGGCGAGACCCCGAAGGAGCCCAUCGUCCAGCUAGAAGCACACACCUUCGAGGAAGUGCUGAAACUCUGCAACAACUCCCAGAAGUAUCGUCUUACCAUCCACUUCUUCCAGCAAGUAUCGGGGUCCCUCGAGCCCACGGAGAAGUCUAUCAUCAACUGGCGCCACGUCGAAGCUGUCCUCAAUGCCCAUGCAGCGCUCGCCAUGAUGACGAACGACGACGGCGAGGCCAGUCAGGCCCUAGACACACUGCUAUGGGUCCUCAAGCAGUGGGCUGUCGAAGGCCGCCCCGAUCGGCUGCAGCCAACUCGCGACCACUUCAACUACGUGCUCAGUUGCUGUCAACGGAGCGGCAACUGGGCGAUUGCUGCGCACACGUUCGAGGUCUUCACAGGCUACCGCGCUGCCGACUUCGCUGACGGCGGUGCUGACGCGAGCGGCGAGCAACCACAUAGGGACCUGCCCUCUGGCAGGCCCGCCGAGACUACCAUGUUCUUCCUCUCCGACCUCGCGCGUACUGCCUACUUGUCGGGUGACCUCGCCCAUAUGCGGCAUUGCCUGCGAAUAAUUCGAUUUAUCGACCCACAGUGGUACUACCCCCACAAAGAACACAGCCACCACGACGAUCGUAUUAUGAUGAGGAACUUCGUAUCACUCAACGAUAGGCGCUUCUAUGCCACCAGGAUGGCGGAGGAUGUUGUCGCUAUGAUCGACAAGGUGGUUUCUGCGGUCUCGGAGCAAGAGCGUCAUACGAAGGAGGAGGACUGGUCGAGGACACGGCAGAAGGCGAAGCUCGUCGUGCGCGAGGCACGCGCGUCGACGGACACGGUGACGACGCCUUUCCUGGCGAUGAAUCCCUUGGGCGGAGAGCGGAGUCUUGCGGCGACGGACAGCUUCGUAGAGUAUGACAUGACUGUGCGGCGGAAUGCGUCAUCUCGCUCGACGAAGCGGUAG